UGAGAACCCAUCAAGCACAUUACCUUAUUACUGCUUUCAUCCCAUAUUCCAUUUCUGAAUAUUUUUCAUUUCUAUACAACCACAAGGAUCCAAAAUGCAGCUAGCAAAAUACCUGCUCUUAUCAUCUAAUUUCUAAUGUUCCUCAAUUACUUGUUUACCAUAUUUCCUUGACACACUCUUCAUUUUGGUUUGCCUUCAUCUUUGAUUUUAAUCUCAUCAAUUUUAGAAUGAAGAUUCUGGGUGGAAGGUCUCUUCAACUUGUCUAUGCAUUCCUGAUUUUACUGCAUAUGCAAUCUUCCAUUGGAAUCAGUUCAACAACUGCUGGUGAUGAAGUUAGGUGCAUAGAGAGUGAAAGACUAGCGCUUCUGGCAUUUAAGCAAGGUCUGGUUGACGAAUAUGGCUGGCUUUCCUCAUGGGGCAGUGAAGAAAAGAGGAAGGAUUGUUGCAAAUGGGAAGGAGUUCAAUGUAGCAACACAACUGGGCACAUCAUUGUGCUUAAUCUAACUGCAGUGUAUGGGCAUGGUUAUUAUCUUCCUCGAUUGAGAGGUAACCUUAGUCCUUCCCUAUUUGAGUUGCAGCAUUUAAGUUAUUUAGGCCUUGCUAGAAAUGAUUUCAACUUUAGCCACAUUCCGGAGUCUAUUGGCUCACUCAACAAAAUACAACAUCUUGAUCUCUAUUAUUGUAAUUUAAGUGGACCUCUUCCUAGCCAGCUUGCAAACCUCACACGUUUGCAAUAUCUUGAUCUUGGCUAUAAUAACUUCAAUAGUGUCAAAAAUCUUGAGUGGCUCUCUUAUCUUUCUUCUUUGAAACACAUUUCCUUGAUGGAAAAUGACCUUGGAAAGGUAAAUGACUGGCAGCAGGUAAUUAAUAAACUCCCUCGUCUAACUUACCUGUCUCUACGUGGAUGUAAUCUUCGAGAUGUCAUUCCUCAGUCCAUCCCCAUGAUUAAUACUUCUACUUCUCUCACUUACCUUGAUCUAUGGUCUAACAAUUUGACUUCCUCCACAUUCCACUGGUUGUUCAAAUUCAGCAAGAGCCUUGUUUAUCUUGACUUGUCUGAUAAUCAGUUUCAGGGUUUGAUUCCAGAAAAUCUCGGUCACAUGACUUAUCUGGAAACCCUAAAUCUCCGCUACAACCAAUUUGAAGGAGGGAUACCAAAAUCCUUUGGGAACCUGUGCAAAUUAAGGUCCCUAUACCUAUAUCAUAACAAUCUUAACGGAAUGCUUCCUGAAGUCAUUGUUAACUUAUCUGGAUGUCUACGGCUCUCCUUGGAAGAAUUAGAAUUGGGUAAAAACAAAAUUAAGGGACCCUUGCCUGAUAUGAUAAAAAAAUUCCACUCACUGCGACUGUUGGGUCUUUAUGACACUCAACUAAGCGGUACUAUGCCCAAAAGUAUUGGACUCCUGUCAAACCUUGAGAGCUUAUAUAUUUCUUCCAAUUCUUGGAAUGGGACGAUCAGUGAAUCACACUUUUCAACGCUAUCUAAGUUACGGAAGUUGGGCAUGUCUUCUAAUUCUUUGAGCAUCAACUUUAGCAAUGACUGGAUUCCUCCAUUCCAGUUGGAUUCUAUAGUACUUCAGUCGUGCAAGUUGGGCCCAAAGUUUCCAAGCUGGUUAAAGUCCCAAAGAAAAUUUUCUUAUCUUGAUAUCUCUGGAGGUGGGAUUUCAGAUAGCAUCCCACCAUGGUUUUGGAACCUAUCUCCUAGAGCAAAUCAAGUGAAUCUUUCUUCCAAUCAUCUCUAUGGAGCUUUGCCAAAUUUGUCAACCACAAAAUUUGCUGAUUCUUUUGGCCUUGGGAUAGAUUUGAGUAAAAAUAAGUUGGAGGGUCUAUUACCAGUAUUCCCUGUUAAUGUCACAUCCAUAAACCUAUCAAAAAAUAGUUCCUUGCAAUUUUUGGGAUUGAAUUAUAAUAACUUCUCCGGAAAAAUUCCAACUUGGAUUGGAGAAAGGCUAAGUUCACUAAUUUUCCUUCUUCUGAGAUCCAAUAAUUUCAAUGGAGACAUCCCCUUGCAGCUAUGCUGGCUGACGAAUAUUAUGUUGCUAGACCUCUCCAACAACAAUCUAUCUGGAAACAUACCAUGGUGCAUCCAAAAUCUGACUACAUUAGCUCAACAGGAGAGUUCAGCCAGUGAUCAUGAUUUUACAAGUUCACAAAUUGAUGCUACUUUCGGGUACGCAGGAAGCUAUGCUGACAAGGCAUCUGUAAUGUGGAAAGGAAUGGAGCGUGAUUAUGGGAACGGAAAUCUCAAGAAUCUGAGGAUUAUUGAUCUUUCAAGCAACAAAUUAACAGGAGAAAUUCCUGCGCAGGUAUCGGUUCUCUUGGAACUGGUUCAAUUGAACUUAUCAAGAAAUCAGUUGACGGGAUGGAUUCCUUCAAACAUUGGGCAGAUGAGAAAAUUAGAAUCACUUGACUUGUCAUGGAACCAGCUUUCAGGUCAGCUUCCUUGGAGCAUGUCCCAAUUAUAUUUUCUCGGCACCUUGAACCUGUCAUAUAACAACUUUUCUGGGAGAAUCCUAUCGGGACCCCAAAUACAGACAUUUGAUGCUUCUUCAUUUAUCGGUAAUCCUGCACUCUGUGGGCUUCCUCUAACACCAACUUGUCCCGAAGCUGAAAAAUCAGAGAGCAAACCCAAAAACAGAGACAUGGAUGAAUUCUGGAAAUCGUUUAAACCGGGUAUGGAACUUGGAGCGGCCAUCGGCUUUGUGGGAGUUCUGGCGGUGAAGUUAGAUCAUCCAUGGAAACAUCUCUGUUUCCUGUUGUUUAACAACGUGAGGGUCCGCUUCAGCAACUUGAAGGGCUGCCUUUGUUUACUUGUAGCAUCACUUGGUUUGCUGGUGAGAGAACAUGUCUCCAGAUUGGGAAGAAAAUUGAAGUUGUUCGAGCCAUCAGCGUCUUCCUAGAAGCCGAUUCAAGAUGUUUCAUGUUGCAAAGUAAACUUCCAGGAUGUCUUCUCCUCUUUCCGCAUCAAUAAGUCCAAGCUGAGCAGGGCAUUGUUUCUUCCUUUAUUUUAUAAGAGUGUCUUGUUGUACGGUUGUUUAAAUAAAAUGGUUUGCGCUUUUUUUUUAAUCGUCUAUUUUGUAAUAAUUUGCUUGAAACUGAUAUAUAAUAAUAAUAUGGAUUUGUAUUCUGUAAUUUAACCAAGUCUGUAAUCUGGAGAGAAACAGAGACUCAGAAAGUUCGUGGACUCAACUUCUCCACUCUGUCUUGCUGCUGUAAUGGUAAUAACAAGUAACAAACCAAACCUGACUAGAAGGUUAUCUCUUUCUUUCGUUCUCUGUGUAAUAAAUCAAUGUAUGUUUGUGUGUGUGGUUUGCAUCUUCUAUUGUAAGAAGAGCUAACUGCAGCUUCUUGCUAUGAAACUGAGAUAGGAUUACAAUCUAAAAUCUGUUGGCUUUGUUACGUUUUUUUCUUUUUCUUUUUUUUUUUAAGUCAUUUUAAAAAUGAAUUCACAAUCUAAUA